CGCUAAUUAGAAUUGAGAAGGGUGUAGCUUGUGCUAAAAUCCGGCUGGUUGACCUUUCUUUGAUUUUCUGGGACUGCAUUUUCGAGGGAAGACUGCCGCUAAGGCUUAUAGCGGACACGUAAAUCGUCAGGGAAGCACGGGUUGUAACUGUUAUACAAGCUUUUCCGUGUAAGGGAAGUUCUCAUAGUUGACACUUGUUGACAAAAAUCUUUAAGAGGUGAAGCUGAGCCCAGAACAACAUUUACAGCUAAUCUUAUAAAAAUAUGUGGAAAUAAAACAAUCUGAAGGAAAUUCAAGACCAUAAAAUUUACUGACUGAACUACACUGUAUUGUUCAUACCAAUAAUAAGAGUGUUUGGAGACAGACCUUUUUAUUCUGCUAAAUCAUGAUGGAGGCAGAAGACCAGCAGCAAUGGAAGAGAACCUUUUACUCAGAAUUACCUAAAGUGGAACUUCAUGCCCACUUGAAUGGAUCCAUUAGUUGUAAUACCAUGAAGAAGUUAAUAGCUAAGAAACCAGGUCUUAAAAUCCAUGAUCAAAUGACUAUGAUUGAUAAGGGAAAGAAAAGAACUUUAGAAGAAUGUUUCCAGAUGUUUCAGAUUAUUCAUCAGUUUACUACUGGCCCUGAAGAUAUUUUAAUGGUCACAAAAGAUGUCAUUAAAGAAUUUGCAGAUGAUGGUGUCAAGUACCUGGAACUAAGGAGCACUCCCAGAAGAGACAAUGUUACAGGAAUGACUGAAAAAACUUAUGUGGAAUCUGUACUUGAGGGUAUAAAACAGUCUAAACAAGAAAACUUAGACAUCAAUGUUAGAUAUUUGAUAUCAAUCGACAGAAGAGGUGGCCCUUUAGUGGCCAAGGAGACUGUUAAACUUGCUGAAGAAUUCUUACUUUCAACCGAAGAUACAGUUCUUGGCCUUGACCUCAGUGGAGACCCUACAGCAGGACAAGCAAAAGAUUUUUUGGAACCUCUUUUAGAAGCAAAAAAAGCAGGUCUGAAGUUGGCAUUGCAUCUUUCAGAGAUUCCAAGUUCCAAAAAAGAAACACAAGUACUCCUGGAUCUGCUUCCUGACAGAAUCGGGCAUGGGACAUUUCUCAACUCCUCUGAGGGAGGAUCCUUGGAUCUGGUGGACUUUGUGAAGAAACAUCAGAUACCGCUGGAACUCUGUUUGACCUCAAACAUCAAAAGUCGGACAGUUCCAUCUUAUGACCAGCAUCAUUUUGGAUUCUGGUACAGCAUUGCCCAUCCUUCUGUGAUCUGUACCGACGAUAAGGGUGUUUUUGCAACACACCUUUCCCAAGAGUACCAGCUGGCAGCAGAAAUUUUUAAUUUGACCCCAUUUCAGGUAUGGGAUCUGUCUUAUAAAUCCAUCGACUACAUCUUUGCUUCUGACAGAACCAAGUCUGAACUGAAGAGGAAGUGGAAUCUUCUGAAACCCAAAGUGUUACAUUUUUAAGCUGUAAUGAGGUGAAUUACUUUUGAGUAUGUGUUGCAACUAAGAUCUUUCUGCCAUAUUCCUCUUAGUAAACCAUCCACCUCUCCCUUUGAAGAAUAAGCAGCCAAGUUGCAUGGACUUUAUCACCAGUACCUUACUUAUGGUGGUUGCUCAGUAAAUAUGUCUUAAAUUGACUUACAGACUCAGGUCUUACAUAGCUUACGUGCAUGCUGCUUACAGGAAGGGGCAUGAAUGUUGCUGCUAACUGAACUCCCAUUUCACUGCUGAUUUUUACUUAACAGUCCUUUUCUAGUAGUGAUCACAAAACUUCAGGAAAUUCACAGUUGCUGCUACAACCUCCCCACCCUCUCCAUCCCCAAGGGUGUAUUAUUUCUCUUCACCCCAAUAACUCUUAC